GGGCGGGGCAGAGCGCAGCGGCAACAUGGCUGCAGAUUACUGGGAGUCAGAGAGAGAGGAGCCGCUAACACACUGAACCGAGCCAAAGAACCAAGCGGCCGGACCGGGACCAAUCUCCCCGGUGUGCAGUCCGGCCUGGCUGCCCUUCCCCCCUCUUCGGCACGACCCCCCCUGCCCCCCCUCAUGGAGCGGGUGAGGAAGAUCAAACGGCAGCUCUCACUCACUCUGGGGAGGGGCGGGGCCGGGGGUGUAGACAGGACAGUGAGCGAAGUUAACCAGGAUGUGACGUCUCACAGCGAUUCAGAGGUGGGCUCAAUGCGGUCCUCCUUGGGUGUGAGAGGGCGUAGUGGCAGUGGUGGAGGGGGCGGAGCCAGCUCGUCCUCAAGUGUGAAGGGGCGUGGCAGUGGAGGGGGCGGGGCCAGCUCCUCAGGUGGGAAGGUGCAGGCUCUGCUUCAGUCGUACAGCAGCUCUCUGAGGAGGCCGAGAGGACUGGGGAGAAGUCUGAGCUCCUACCUCAACCACACCACGCGGCUCGAAAUAGUCCAUGAGGAUGUGAAGAUGAGCUCUGAUGGAGAGAGUGAGCCAGUGUCCUCUGCCGAUGAGGUUCAGCAGAGUCCAGUCCGAGUGCGCCUCAGGAACAAGAAGAUCUCCAGAGAGGACAUAAACAAGCGCUUGUCUCUUCCGGCCGACAUCCGUCUUCCUGAUGGCUACUUGGAGAAGUUUAGUAUGAUUGGUCCAGGCCUUUUUGAUCAACCAAUCAGUAGGCGCCUGCGCAGGGUCUCACUGUCAGAAAUAGGUUUUGGGAAACUGGAGACUUAUAUUAAACUGGACAAACUGGGAGAGGGAACUUAUGCCACUGUGUACAAAGGACGGAGUAAACUGACUGAAAACCUGGUGGCUUUGAAGGAAAUCCGCCUGGAGCACGAAGAAGGAGCUCCCUGCACUGCAAUCAGAGAAGUGUCUCUUCUGAAGGAUCUGAAACAUGCCAACAUUGUCACACUCCAUGACAUCAUCCACACCCAGAAAUCCCUUACUCUCGUCUUUGAGUAUCUGGAUAAAGAUCUGAAGCAGUAUUUGGACGACUGUGGAAACACCAUUCAUGUCCAUAAUGUCAAACUCUUCCUUUUCCAGCUGCUUAGAGGGCUGUCCUACUGCCAUCGCAGAAAAGUACUGCACCGAGAUUUAAAACCCCAAAAUCUGCUCAUCAAUGACAAAGGGGAGCUCAAACUGGCCGACUUUGGUUUGGCUCGAGCAAAGUCUAUCCCCACGAAAACGUACUCAAAUGAAGUGGUCACGCUGUGGUACAGGCCUCCGGAUAUUCUCUUGGGAAGCACUGACUACUCCACUCAUAUCGACAUGUGGGGUGUUGGGUGUAUCUUCUAUGAGAUGGCCACUGGACGUCCUCUGUUCCCCGGGUCCACAGUGGAGGAGGAGCUGCACUUCAUCUUCAAACUAUUAGGGACACCCACGGAGCAGAGCUGGCCUGGGAUCAGUGCUAACGAGGAGUUUGUGGCCUAUAACUAUCCACAAUACAGAGGAGAGAGGCUUAGCAACCACACGCCUAGGCUCAGCAGUGAGGGAGUGGAUCUUCUGUCUAAAUUCCUACAGUUUGAGGGGAAGAAGCGAGUUUCAGCCGAUGAGGCGAUGAAUCACCCGUACUUCAGUGCGCUCGGGAGGAAAGUGCUCACGCUGCCUGACACCACGUCAAUCUUCAGUAUCCCAGAAAUCCAGUUGGAGAGAGAGUUGAUACGACCGCCAGCUUCAGUAGAUCCAGUGGGUCAGAUCAGCCCCUCACAUCGGCGCAGUCUUCUCUUCUGAUGUCUCCACAAAUUCAGGACAAACAAAGGGAAGUUUUACUGUUCUGAAACUUUUAUCAUGUAUUACUGUUUGAACAAAGUUGGAUCCAGAGUCUAUGACACAUUUAGAUCGAAAUAUCCUUAUUUCGAUCUCGCGGCAACAGUUUGGAUGCAAUAACGAACCAUGUAGGAGCAGCCAUUCUUCUUAAAGCAACAAAUCCAUGAGGAGCCAGUGGAUCCAAGGCAGACGUCUUCCAGAAUAAUUUACUGCAAAAGCUGAAGGGAAGUCCUGGAAAACCUGGAAAUGUACCACAAACAAACUGGAAUAUCUGGAUUCUCUCAAGGCUAUGUCCAUUUUGUAAAGCAAUAGAUAAACCAUUUUAAUUAUUGUAUUAACUUAUUUUUUAAUUCACUCUUCCACAGUGUUUAUACUAUUUAUACUAAAAAAAAAACAAUAGUAUUAAAUUGUACUUAAUUCUAAUAGCUUUUUCUGUUUUCCCAUCAGUAGGUAACAGGAAGUUGAGUUAAAUUCUGAAACAAUGAGUUGCAUUUUCAGUUUUUUUAAAUCAAUCUUUAAUUUUUGUCAUAAUAAUAAGAACACAAUAUAGAGCUAAUCACUGUGAAUUGAUUCAAGACAAAUACUUAUGUGGACAUAGCCUAACCUGCAUUUACCAACACCACCACUAGGAGCUGCUCUUUCUCAAGCUAAUAACAAAUGGAUUCCUUUACAAUUUCACAAACAAAACAAACUUCAAAUUUAACCGGAUGUGACCAGAUUUUGGGGAAUUUUACUGUCACCAUGGAGACUGUUGAAGAGGAGAAGCCAUAGACUGUUAUUGUGCAUGUCUCUAACACUGGUCUAUAUUUAAACUCACAUAUUUACAAUGACUUUCUGCUGAGGACAUUUGCACAAAUCUAUUUAUUUAUAUCAAGGACAAUAACUGAAGGAGUAGUUUUACAGUCUAAAUGAAUGUAUUAUUUAGUUUGUGGAUGGUUUAAUUUUUAGUGACAUAUUUGUUGUUUUUAUACAUUUUCUGAUGCAAUAGUUAAUGUUAAUUUUUCAGCGUUGGACUGAGACUACUUUUAACAGUUUUUCUGUUAAAGCAGACCUAUUAUGCAAAAUUUACUUUUUAGAGCUUUUAACCAUGUUAUAGUUGUUUCCCCUCAACAUUUAUCCACUCUAAGUGCAUGUUUGACCAAUCUUUAAUCGUUUAUUUUCAAGAAAACAUUGUCAGUCAACCCCCAUUUUCACUGGUCACCACCAUAGAUAUACGCCCACUGCUCUGUACUUACUUCGUUCUCCAAUUUUAUUUUCUCAAUUAUCGAUGUGCGUACGAUUCGGCAGUGCUGCAUAGCCAUUUUGGUACAAAUGGAAAAAAAAAAUGUCGCUACUUGCUAGGGUGAAGUGCAGUGAUCCAUCUGAGGUGCUGACAGCUGCUCAGCUCUUUGUUGUGAUGACGUUUACAGCGACGUCAGCUCCCAUUGGGCACAGCAGUUUUCUAAUGAAGUCAGUGCACUUGCGUUUUUCUUUUUUUUUUUAUUGUUUUAGAUGAAUAUUGCGAUUUAAAAUGUGCAAAUUGAUCCACAGGUGUCCUAGAUUAUAACUAUAUAGCGGACUCAAGCACACAUUUCACUUAUUUAAAACACUAGACCCACUUCAUACUUUGAGUUCAUAAAUAGCUUAUACAAAAAGUAUCUUCUAUUAUAUUUUCAAAUCUGGAUUUAUUUUAUUUCAGGUAUGUCAGGUCAUGAAAUAAGAGGUUGUAUAAAAAUUUGAAUAUCAAUUUACUUUUCCUCUUGAAAUAACUGUAUGCAUUUUGCGCAAGGAAAAAUGUAAACUGAAUAUUUUGUGCUUUGUUUUUUUCCAUCUGGUAGUCUCUUUCCAACGCUUUAAAACCAAGCCACUAGUUUAAAUUUUUUUUCCUGGCAUUUCUGGUUCUGAUUGCGAAACUAACGGCAUCUUAGUGCUCCAGGUCUAGUCCCUUUUUCAGGUUCAAUUUAAUCAGAAUUCUUAGUUUUUUACCGCUUGCUGUUGUGGCCGAUGUGAAGUUGAAUUUGUGGAAGAUUUUAGCAAUAGACAAAAUCAAAUAUAUAAAAACUGUAGACUGAGGCAUUUAUUCAGCUGUGAAUCAGAUAUUUUUAUGUAUACAGUUUAUAUAUGGUCAAUGGAGAAAUAGCUGUGAACUUUUUCAUUUAAUAUGGGAGAAUUAGAUGAUGAGAUGUAUGGGCUUUUUGAAGUAUAAGUUGGGGAUUGUUACUGUGGUUAGGUGUGGGAUUUGUGGAUACUCAAAAUUGCAUCAGUGAAUGUCAGUGUAUAGACAAUGUUGAUGCAAUGAUAGUAGCAGUAUGAAUGUCGACUGAAUUUAAACUAAAUGUAGUUAGUAAACAGAUGAAGAUUAACACUGUAGGCUGUGGUCACUCUGCAGGAGAAUAUUGGCCUAAGUCUGACCCAUAAGUGGUUCUGUGGAUUUUAUUUUAAAUGGCAUAGUGAAACAAUAGACUGUAUAAAGAAGUGGACUAAAGGUGUGUGACGUCACUCAUAGCGUUCGGCUCCAGCCAAAUGAAGUGGAUCCUUAUCCACGCUGUCAAACCUGUUGUUACACUAGCAGGAACAACCUCUCCUGAUUCCUUAUUAAUGUUUAUAUCUUGAUUUACAGACAAAAUAGUGAAAUAAAAAUCCCAGGAUCAUAUAGAGUGGGUUAAUACAAACAUUUUAAGGUGAGCUUGACAACAGCAGUUACAGAGAGAGGGGUGACAGUUUUUCAAUAGUAAGUGAAUUGGAGUUACAGUCAAUGGAGCCAGAAGCGCACCCAUGCUCACUCACCCAUGCUUCUAUGGGUGGACCGCACAAAAUUCCUCACAAUUCCUCAGAGUGGUCACCUGAUGUUGCUGUGGCGUGUCUGGUCAGCUGAUUUACACAGGUUUUGGCGCUGUCUUCCUAUCGGUUGAACCAGGACGACAGCGCCCUCUGCAGUCUAAAUUCUGAUAUCCCAGGUGUGUGAGAGUAAAAAAGCCCCCCUCGUCCUGGUUUAUUGCACCUUGGGCAAAACCUGUGUAAAUUAGCUGACAAGACUCACAGCAACAUCAUGUGACCACUCUAAAGAAGAGUAAACUGUUCAAAUGGUCAUAUAUAUAUAUAUAUAUAUAUAUAUAUAUAUAUAAGUCUGAAAAAAGAUUAUCAGAAGACCACAUGAAUAUGAAAUGAGAUUUAGUCCAAUGAGGUCCAACUCAAGCCGCUUUCAUAUGUGGUUCAAAUUGUUUAUUAUGUUUUGCACUGUGACUAAACAAGCCAGCUACUGGUAUUUUUUAAAGAUUACAGCUGGAAUUAGAGCUGACAAAUAUUUUAUAACUAGGUUUUGUAUUGUGAUAAUACUAUUGCAAUAUUUAAUGUACUUUUGAAAUAAGUUCAGUUUAAAUUAAAACAAAAAUGUACUUUACUAGUCAAAUUACCUUUUUUACAUUUUACUUUACCAGAACACCAAAUAUCUGUCAGUUGGAGAAAUCUGGAUUGUUGAGCUAUGUUCACUUUCUGCUGUAACGAUUAUUGCAUCAGCCAAUGAGUGAAUGACAGUAUCGACCAUGUUGUACCUAUUAUGCAAAUGUAUUUUUACAUUACUCUGCUGUCCACAUACUCCACACAACCACAAUGUAGGAUCCCCUUCUCUGGCUUUAAAUGGCUCCUGUUGUUCAGUGUUAUCUGUUUAAAUGAAGGUAUUUCAAUGAAAGUGCAGAAGGUUUAGUGACUGAGAGAAUCUGGCUGACUGUUGAAUGUAUGUUAUGUGCUCAGUAUUUUAAUGAUGUACAGUUAUUAUGAAUAUUAUUAUGAACUCAGAUUGUGGUUGCUUUUGUAAAACUCGCUCGAUUUUAACCAAAGUUUUCCCGCAAUAUACCGCAAUGCAUGCUGGGAUAGCUCCAGACCUAAUAAAGCGUUUCUUCCAUUCGCCAAUAAGCACUUCGUUAUGACACUAAUAAGAGCCACAGACUUGAACCAGUCCAAUAAGAACCACUGAGAUGUUUGUGUUUAUGUGACAAAUGCUGUUUACUACAUGUACCACAGAUAUUUACAGAUAUAUUCAAUAAAUCUUUAUUUAUUAUCACA